AAAGCAAAAGUGAAGAGACACAAGCUGGAAAUUCAGAGAUUUAAAGAAAUAAUUUUUAAGAAAAUUACGAGAGAGAGAAUCAGAAGGACCAUAAAAUCCCAAGGUGAAGCAGAGGAGAUGGGAGUGUGGUUGGUGGCACGGAUGUAAAUUUGACCAAAAGCGGAGGGGAAUUUCAUGUUCUCACUCUAGAACCAGCAAAAGCAAAAGUGAGUAGACGCAGCCUGAAAUUGCAGAGAGAUUGGAGGAGGAAGUAAAGAUUGAGGAGUGAAGGAGAGAGAUCUGAGCCGGGGAUCCAAUUGACUUGAGCCGGGUCGGGUCACAUCAGCAGUAAUGGUGGUGUACGCGACUAGGGAAUCCUGACCGCUAGAUCUCGUUUGUGGAAUCAAUCUACCGUUCGAUUCUUCUUGGCUGCGUCUCCGUAUAGUUCAAUUUGGAAGUAAGCAGACAGGUCUGUGGAGAAUGGGAGCGAGGUAGUGAACUGGAGAGAAAAACCAAAGCGCUUGUAUCGAGUUUGGGAUCCUUAUGAGUCGUGCUUACUCAGAUUUGAGCUCUACAUGAGCUUUAUCACGCCCAAGUGGAGCUCAAGAACAGGAUUUUGAAGUUUGACUCUGUGUUCGCUAGCCUCUAAAGAAGGAAGGAACUUUCAAACUAGAAGAAGAUAAGGCAACGUCAUACUCUGGACUGGUCAAAUUUUUAGUGUUUACGAGUCUGUUUUGUAGCAAUUGAAUUUGAUUAUUUUAAAACCCUAAUGUGUGGGGAUCAUGGACAUUGUUUGGAGUUCUUCAUUUAGUUGUUAUAGACAAAGCUGUAAGUAGAUUUUGUCAAAUUUUAGAUGUUAGUCUGGGUUUUAGAAGAAAUGGAAAGAGCUAUAGCUUAAAAGAAAAAACAGGGGGAUAAUAAUUGAUGGAAGAUCUUUCCAGAUAUUCUCACAGUCCUGCCCAUUGGGCAGUUGCGCGCCGUGACUAUGCGGCACUUAGGCGACUUAUUGCAUCGCUUCCUCGAUUAGCCAAGGCAGGUGAAGUUAAUACUGAAGCUGAGUCUCUAGAGGCUGAGCUCCAAGCUGAUGCCGUCUCAACUAUCAUUGAUCGCCGUGAUGUACCUGGACGUGAGACCCCUUUGCAUCUUGCAGUUCGGUUGCGGGACCCAAUUUCUGCUGAGAUUUUGAUGGCUGCUGGGGCAGAUUGGAGUCUUCAGAAUGAGAAUGGCUGGAGUGCGCUACAAGAAGCUGUUUGCACUAGAGAGGAGGCAAUUGCUUUGAUUAUUGCGCGACACUAUCAACCUCUUGCUUGGGCAAAAUGGUGCCGUAGGCUUCCUCGUAUUGUGGCCUCAGCUGCUCGAAUACGUGACUUUUACAUGGAGAUAACUUUUCAUUUUGAAAGCUCGGUAAUUCCAUUUAUUGGUCGUAUUGCCCCAUCGGAUACCUAUCGCAUUUGGGAAACGCGGGUCCAAUCUCCGUGCAAAUUUUCGAAAUUGGCACCAGAAGGUAGCACCCAGAGACAAGUAGAAAAUCAGAAAUCUGAUUUUCUAAGGAGGAUACCGGGAGAUGUCAAGAAGGGGAAGGAUAAAAGCGAGAAGAAGAAAAAGAAGAAAGGAGCUACCAGUGAUUCUAAGCACGAAAGUGAGUACAAAAAGGGCUUGAGGCCUGUCUUAUGGCUGACACCAGAUUUUCCAUUGAAGACAGAUGAACUUCUGCCUUUACUCGACAUAUUAGCCAACAAAGUCAAGGCAGUCAGGAGGCUCAGGGAACUUUUGACUACUAAACUACCCCCUGGUACCUUUCCUGUCAAGGUUGCCAUCCCAAUUGUCCCAACUAUUCGAGUUCUUGUUACUUUCACAAAAUUUGAGGAGCUUCAGCCAGCUGAGGAAUUUUCAACCCCACUGUCCAGCCCGGCACAUUUCCAGGAUGCCAAGUCCAAAGAAUCAGAGGGAUCAACAUCAUGGAUUUCCUGGAUGAGAGGGAGUCGCGGUGGCCAAUCAAGUGAUAGUGAUAGUCACCGAUAUAAGGACGAGGUUGACCCUUUCCUCAUACCACCAAGCUAUACCUGGGUUGAUGCCAAUGAAAAGAAACGUCGCAUGAAAGCCAAGAAAGCCAAGAGCAAGAAACAUAGAAAGCAGGCAGCAAACCGAAGCGGGGAAGGUGGAAAUCAGUUAAGUGAGGAUCCAGAAGAAUGAUUACGUUGGAAAUUCCUUGUUAAUUCUGCCACGUAAGGUCCUUUGCAAGAGAAAGAGGAGGUAAAUCUCCUCCAUUCCAUCUUGCAUUUACUGUCUCGCCCCUCAAAAGCCCUUCUGAUAACCACUGUUACAUUUGGAGUGUGCCCCCGGUGGAUUUACAGGAUAUGAACAGGCAAAUCACUUCUUGUUGAUUAAGAUGAGCCUUAUUGUCUUCUUCUGUUGUUGUAUUUGUUAUGUGACACAAAAACUUGGGAGGAAGAAAUUCUCCUCUAUUCAA